AUGGUACCUGUACGGUUUCCAGACGUCAGAACACCAUUCAAGAACUUUUGCAAAACUGUUCGGAUUGCCUGAUGAGAGCUGAACUCAUAGUACAACCUGAAUUGAAAUACGGGGAUGGUGUCCAGAUCCGAGGGAACAGAGAUUUGGAAGAGUGUUUUGCACAGGCAAACGACCAGAUGGACAUCCUGGAUGGGCUCAUCAGAGAGAUGAGGCAGAUGGGCCAGCCCUGUGACAUGUAUCAGAAAAGGCUGCUUCAACUUCAAGAGCAAAUGCGUGCCCUGUAUAAAGCCAUUAGUGUCCCCCGUGCCCGGAGGGCCAGCUCCAAAGGUGGUGGUUGCUACUCCUCUCAGAGUGGCUCAGGCUGGGAUGAGUACACGAAACGUGUCACAAGUGAAUGUUUAAACUGGAUGAGACAGCAGAAGGCCGAAAUGGAGCUAGUGAAAUGGGGUUUUGAUGCAGCAUCCAUUGAGCAACAAAUCAGUGACCACAGAAGAACUCACAAUGCCAUUGGAGACUAUCGCUGGCACCUGGACAAAGUCAAAACAGAUCUGCGUGAGAAGGCUGCAGUUCAUCAGCUGGAAGAAGAAUAUGAAGGGCUGCUGAAACACUCCUUUGAGAGAAUGGAUCAGCUCCGUCAGUUCCAGAACCUCAUCCAAGCCACUAGCAGAGAGAUCAUGUGGAUCAAUGACUGUGAGGAAGAGGAGCUUCUCUAUGACUGGAGUGACAGGAACACCGACAUUGCCCGGAAGCAGGAGGCCUUCUCUAAACGCAUGAGUGAGUUGGAGCUUAAAGAAAAAGAACUCAACAAGCUAAAGCAAGAAAGUGACCAGCUAGUGCUCAGCCAGCACCCUGCUUCAGACAAAAUUGAGGCCUAUAUGGAUACACUACAAACUCAGUGGAGCUGGAUUCUUCAGAUCACCAAAUGCAUUGAUGUUCAUCUAAAAGAGAAUGCAGCAUACUUUCAGUUUUUUGAAGAGGCCCAAGCCACGGAAAGCUACUUGAAGAACUUGCAAGAUUCUAUCAGGAAGAAGUUCAUCUGUGAUAAGAGCAUGUCGCUACAAACCUUGCUGGAACAGAUCAAAGAACUGGAGAAUGAACGAGAGAGAAUUCUUGAAUACAAGAGGCAAGUGCAGAGUUUGGUGAAUAAGUCCAAGAAGAUUGUGCAGCUGAAACCACGUAACCCAGACUACCGGAGUAACAAGCCCAUUAUCCUCAAAGCUCUGUGUGACUACAAACAGGAUCUGAAAACAGUGCGCAAAGGAGAUGAAUGCAUCCUGAAGGACAACAAUGAGCGCAGCAAGUGGCUGGUGACUGGCCCUGGAGGAGUCGAUAUGCUGGUGCCAUCCGUUAGUCUUAUCAUCCCUCCCCCCAAUCCGUUAGCAGUGGAUCUUGCUACCAAGAUUGAGCAGUACUAUGAAGCUAUUCUAGCUUUGUGGAACCAGCUUUAUAUCAACAUGAAGAGCUUGGUAUCCUGGCAUUAUUGCAUGAUUGACAUUGAGAAAAUCAGAGCAAUGACUAUUGCCAAGCUGAAAACAAUGCGUAAGGAGGACUACCAAAAAAUAAUAACUGACCUGGAGAUCCAUUACCAAGAAUUCCUCAGGAACAGCCAGGGCUCAGAGAUGUUUGGUGAUGAAGACAAACGAAAGAUCCAGACUCAGUUCACUGAUGCCCAGAAACACUAUCAAACCUUGAUUAUACAGCUGCCCAAUCAACCACGGCCACCACAAAUAGUGGUCCCAACUGAGACCUGUCCUGUGGGUUCCUCAAACACCAUUAUAGUUAAUGACAGAAACCGAGAACAUGAGAAGCAGGAGGCCUGGCUGCUGAUGGAGCUUCAGAAACUUCGACGUCAGAUUGAAGCUUGUGAGAUUCGGAUGGUUCAAAGAGCUCCUCUUGGAAUGGAUCAGGGGGCCCUGCAUGACUUUUCAGUUAGAUUAAAGGAUUUAGAGGGUGUGCAGAAUGACUCUCAAAUAAUGGCUGAAACCCUCAAUAAGCAUAAGGACUUGCUGCCUAACUUCAGAGGCUCUGAAAAAUAUGUGUACUUGCAGUCAGAGAUAAACGCCCUGUUUCAAAAACUGGAAAAUAUUAAUGGUGUGUCUGCUGGCUACUUGGACAGCUUGAAUGCACUGAGGUGUCUGCUUCAGGUCAUUCUGCAAACAGAAGAUGUGAUCAGAGUUUUUGAAGUCAGACUGUCUGAGGAGGAGACUGUUCCUUUGGAUCUUGAUAAAGUGGAGGCUUAUCGGGCCUGUCUGAAGAAAAUGAAAUCAGACCUAAGCAUGAAAAAGUCACUGUUGAAUACCCUGGAAAAUGAACUACAGAAAACACAUCAGAUCCACUCACAAUCUUGCCAGUCAUAUGCCCUGUAUGAUAUGGACAUUGGAAAGUUUUCUGACAAAGUUAUCCAACUAAUAGAUCGCUGGCAGAGAGCUGAGAAACAGAUAGAUAACAGAUCCUGGGAUUUAGAAAGGCAGAUCAAACAGCUGAAAACUUACCGAGACCUAUACCAGGCUCUGAGCAAAUGGGUCUGUGAUGCCAAGCGCAGGCAGGAUUCCAUUGAGUCCACGAAGCUGUGUGAUUGCAACACCAUCAUGAGAUACCUACAUGAACAGAAGAACUUGCACAGCGAAAUCUGUGGGAAGCGAGACAAAGUUGAGGAGCUUCUCAAGCAUGCAGAUCAGUGCUCGGCUGCAAUUAAGGAUUAUGAACUACAGGUUGCUUCCUACAGUUCAGGAUUAGAAACCUUGCUCAACAUACCUAUCAAGAAGUGCGUCAUUCAGUCUCCUUCCGUGCUGAUUCUGCAAGAGGCUGCUGAGGCUCAGUCUCGCUACAUAGAACUUCUUACAAGAUCAGGAGAUUAUUACAAAUUCUUAAGUGAGAUGUUAAAGAGCAUGGAGGACUUGAAGAUGAAAGCCACCAAAAUUGAGCUCCUGGAAGAAGAACUCAGGCUUGCCAGGGAUUCAAAUUCAGAGACAAGCAACAAACACAAAUUCCUGGAACAAAAUCUGCAGAAAUACCAGCUGGACGUUUCUCAGCUCAAAGCGAAGCUGAUGAGUCUGGAAGAGAUGAAAAGACAAGCUGAGAUGGAUGGAAAUUCUGCUAAGCAAAACCUGGACAAAUGCUAUGCCCAGAUAAAGGAUCUAAAUGACAGAAUAACCAGACUGACUUAUGAGACUGAAGAUGAGAAAAGAAAAAGGAAGUUACUGGAGGAUAGAUAUGAGCAGCAGAAGAAUGACUAUGACCAGUUGCAGAAAACAAGACAAAACGAGAAAGACAGCCUUGGUUGGCAAAAGUUAGAGUCUGAGAAGGUCAUCAAGGAGAAGGAGUACGAGAUAGAAAGAUUAAGGGUUCUUCUUCAGGACGAAGGCACACGGAAGAGGGAAUAUGAAAAUGAGCUGGCUAAGGUAAGAAACCAGUUUAGCGAGGAGAUGAGUAAUUUAAAGAACAAGUAUGAAACUGAAAUUAAUAUUAAGAAGACCACAAUCCAGCAGAUAGCUGCACAGAAAGAUGAUGAUGCAAAAGGUCUCAGAACCCAGGUUGACAGACUGACAAGAGAAAACCGAGACCUCAAGGACGAAAUUGUCAGGCUCAAUGAUGCCAUUCUGCAAACCACAGACCAGCGAAGGAGGGCAGAGGAGGAUGCCCUUCAACAGAAGGCUUGCAGUUCUGAGGUGUCGCAGCAAAAGCACCAGUUGGAGCUGGAGCUGAAACAGAUCAUUCAGCUUCGUGGUGAAGACAACGCAAGGUACAAGCAGGCUCUUGAAGAGGCUGCCUCAACUAUCCAGGAUAAAACUAAGGAGCUAGAAAGGCUAAAGGUUCAGCUUCAGGAAGAGGCUAAGAGCCGGUGGGAACUUGAAAAUGAAUUGGCUAAGGUAAGGAACAGCUAUGAUGAGGAAAUAAUUAGUUUAAAGAACAAAUAUGAAACUGAGAUUAAUAUCACAAAGACCACGAUUCACCAGGUCACCAUGCAAAAGGAAGAGGACACAAAUAAUUAUAGAACUCAGCUUGAUAAUGCCGUGAGAGAAAAUAGGAAUUUGUGUGAGGAAAUUAGGAGACUGAAGAACACAAUAAGUCAAACAACAGAUAAUCUACGGAAAGUAGAGGAGAGUGCUCAGCAGCAGAAGGCAGCUGGCUCUGAGCUUUCUCAGAAGAAACAGCAGCUUGAGAUUGAACUAAAACAAGUUAUUCAGAGACACUCUGAUGAAAGCAUGCGAUACAAACAGUCGCUUGAUGAUGCUUCUAAGACCAUUAAGGAAAGGAACAAAGAGAUUGAAAGGCUGAGAAAGUUGUUGGAUGUGGAAACAAGUCAAAGAAAAGAACUAGAGGAUGAGAACAGUCAGUUAAAAAGAGUUCAGUUUGACCUGCAGAAAGCAAACACCAGUGCAACUGAGACGAUCAACAAGCUGAGGAUCCAAGAGCAGGAACUAGCCAGACUGAAAAUUGACUAUGAAAGAAUUUCUCAAGAGAAAAAAGGAAGGGAUCAAGAAAGCGCAAAGUUCCAAAGCACUGUAAAGGACUUGCAGAUCCAGAAACAUAAGCUGGAGGAGGAACUUUGCAGGCAGAAUAAAAAUGCAGCGGAGGAGACAUCCAGGAGGAAAAAACUGGAAGAGGAAAUAGAAAACAUGAGGAGAUCUCUGAGAGAACAAUCAGUUAAAAUCACUAAUCUCACGCAGCAGAUAGAAGAAGUGUCUAUUGUAAAGAAAAGGAAUGAAGAUGAUCUAAGACACCAGAGAGAAGUAUUAGAUGGUCAUGUGAGAGAGAAGCAGAGAUACAUGGAGGAGAUAAGAAAAUACACAUCUGAUAUUGAGACUUUACGCCGUCAGUUGGUCCAAGAACAAGAGCAAUUAAAACAGGCUCACCUACGAUACGAGCACUUACAGAAAACCUCUGAGGAGAAAAGCAAAAACUUGAAUGAGUGCAAAAUAGAAAUUGAAAGGCUUCAGUCUCUCACCGAGAACCUAACCAAGGAACAUUUGUUACUAGAGGAAGAGCUGCGAAAUCUUAGAUUGGAAUAUGAUAACCUCAGAAUGGUCAGAAGUGAAGUUGAUGAGAAAAAUACUGCCAUUGCUGAACUAAAGAAUCAGCUCCAGAUGAGCAGCAAGCAAACCUUGGAACUUCAGGGGUUGAUUAAUGAUUUACAGAAAGAAAGGGAAAAAUUGAGACAGGAAAUUGAAAAAUUCCAAAAGCAGGCUCUGGAGGCAUCCAAUAGGAUUCAAGAAUCCAAGAAUCAGUAUAGUCACAUUAUGCAAGAAAGAGAGACCUUGUUGAUAAAAAUGAGUAGUCGUUUGAAGCAACGCCUGGAAAGUGAAAAACAACAAAUCCUAAAUGACUUCAAUCAGUGGAAGAGCCAGCAUUCCCGGACAGAAGAAUCCAUUAGAAAGAUCCAAUGUGAGAAAGAGAAGAGCGAGAGGGAAAAGAGUGCCCUGAGAAGUGAGAUUGAAAGGCUGCAGAUGGAGAUUAAGAGAAUUGAGGAGAGGUAUCGGUGCAGACUGGAAGAGACUGCUGUCAAGAGUCAGUCAGAGUUGGAGUCUGAGCGUCUCAGGCUGCAGAGAGAGAUUGAGAAACUCAAGCAACGCCCCUACGGGUCUCAUAGGUGUACGCAGACUGAAGAAGACUUUGGUAUUGAUGCGUCCAAGCUGCUGUUCAGUGGGCUGCGGAAGAAGAUUACAGCAAUGCAGCUGUAUGAGUGUCAGCUGAUAGACAAACUUACCCUGGAUAAACUGCUGAAGGGGCAGAGGUCAGUGGAAGAAGUUGCUGCUGACAUUGAGCCCUAUCUCAAAGGAGCGGGUGCUAUUGCAGGGGUAUCUCUUUCGCCCAAACAGAAGUACUCGUUCGUUGAGGCCAAACGGAAUCAGCUUCUUACACCAGAAAAUACAGUCCUCCUUUUAGAAGCCCAGGCAGCAACAGGAGGUGUGAUAGACCCGCACCGAAAUGAGAUAUUAACAGUGGAUAGUGCUAUUGCCAGAGAUCUCAUUGACUUUGAUGACAGAGAACAAAUUUAUACAGCAGAAAAGGCUGUUACGGGAUUUAAAGAUCCCUUCUCAGGCAAAACCGUGCCGAUAUCUGAAGCCAUCAAGAAAAACCUGGUUGACAGAGAAACUGGGAUUCGCCUGCUUGAAGCUCAGCUGGCUGUAGGAGGGAUCGUUGAUCCUGUGAACAGUGUUUUCCUGCCCAAAGACAUAGCUUUAUCCCGUGGGUUGAUUGACAAAGACCUGUACAGGAUCCUGAACAACUGCCAGGGUUCUACAAAGAACUUCAUUGAUCCCACCACCAAAAAGGCAGUCACUUACAUGCAGCUGAAGGAAAAAUGCAGGAUUGAGCCACACACUGGUUUGCUCCUCCUCCCAAUGCAGAAGAGAAGUAUGUCAUUCCAAGGGAUCAGGCAGCCUGUCUCAGUUGAUGCGCUCUUUGAAGCGGGAAUUAUUAUGGAAUCAACAAGGAAUGACUUGGAAAGAGGUGCAAUUACAGUGGAAGAAGUGAGUGAGAGAAUUAUUGAUUUCCUUCAGGGCUCUAGUUGUAUUGCAGGUAUCUAUAAUGAAGCUACUAAAGAGAAACUCGGCAUUUACCAGGCUAUGAAGAUAGGUUUGGUUAGACCGGGAACAGCCCUUGAACUCCUAGAAGCCCAGGCAGCCACGGGGUUCAUAGUGGAUCCUGUGAGCAAUGUGAGGUUGCCCGUUGAGGAAGCUUACAAGAGAGGCCUUGUCGGAAUUGAAUUUAAAGAGAAGCUUCUCUCUGCUGAAAGAGCUGUCACUGGGUACAAAGAUCCAGAAACUGGAAACAUCAUUUCUCUGUUUCAAGCAAUGAACAAAGAGCUCAUUGAGAGAGGCCAUGGCAUUCGUUUGCUGGAGGCCCAGAUUGCUACUGGGGGAAUCAUUGACCCCAAAGAAAGCUACCGCUUGCCAGUGGAGACGGCCUACAAGCGUGGCUACUUCAAUGAGGAGCUCAACCAGAUUCUCAGUGAUCCAAGUGAUGACACCAAAGGGUUUUUUGAUCCCAAUACAGAGGAGAACUUGACCUACUUGCAGCUGAAAGAAAGAUGCAUAAAGGAUGAAGCAACAGGGCUCUGCCUUCUGCCCCUGAGAGAAAAGAAGAAGGUGGUGCACACUUCACAGAAGAACACCCUCAGGAAACGCCGGGUUGUCAUCGUAGAUCCAGAAACAAACAGAGAGAUGUCAGUGCAGGAGGCAUACAGCAAAGGCCUCAUAGAUUAUGACACCUUCACAGAACUAGCUGAACAGGAGUGUGAGUGGGAAGAAAUAACUAUUACAGGAUCAGAUGGCAGCAGUAGAAUAGUCCUUGUUGACAGAAAAACAGGUAGCCAGUAUGACAUACAAGAUGCUAUUGAUAAAGGUCUGGUUGACAGGAAGUUUUUUGACCAGUAUCGUUCUGGCAGCCUAAGCCUUACGCAGUUCGCAGACAUGAUUUCCUGCCGCAACGGCACCGAUGAGGUGUUUCGGCAUGAGUCGGUAACUCGGUCUCCUACGGUGUUGAGUGUCAGGAGUUCUUCCUCACUGCUAAGGAGUGGCUCUUUCUCAGAGACCCCAGAGGAGUGCAGUCCUAUUGCCGCCAUAUUUGACACAGAAAACUUGGAGAAAAUCUCCAUUUCAGAAGCUAUACAACGGGGCAUUGUGGAUAGCAUCACCGGGCAACGGUUGCUUGAAGCCCAGGCCUGCACAGGGGGCAUAAUAUGCCCUAGCACGGGCCAGAGGCUUUCGCUUCAGGAAGCCGUCAGUCAAGGCAUCAUUGAUCAGGAUAUGGCCACACGGCUCAAACCGGCCCAGAAGGCCUUCAUAGGGUUUGAAGGCAUAAAGGGUGGACGCAAGAGAAUGUCAGCAGCUGAAGCGGUGAAAGAAAAGUGGUUGCCUUACGAGGCUGGGCAGCGUUUCCUUGAAUUCCAGUACCUCACUGGAGGCCUUGUGGACCCAGAAGUGCGUGGAAGAAUAAGCACUGAAGAAGCCAUUAGGAAUGGGUUGAUUGAUGGUCGUGCUGCCCAGAAGUUGCAAGACACUAGCAGCUAUCCCAAGAUUCUGACCUGUCCCAAGACCAAGCUGAAAAUAUCCUACAAAGAUGCAAUGAAUCGGUCAAUGGUGGAGGACGUCACUGGGCUCAAACUCUUGGAAGCAGCCUCUGUUUCAUCUAAAGGCAUAUCCAGCCCCUAUAAUGUCUCCUCAGCACCUGGCUCGCGUUCUGGCUCUCGCUCUGGCUCACGUUCAGGCUCACGCAGUGGAUCUAGGAGGGGAAGUUUUGAUGCAUCAGCAACAUCUUCAUAUUCUUACUCAUACUCAACCUUCAGCAGUGGGUCUGUUGGGCGCUAGUAACAAACAAGGGAAUGUAUCUGCAUUUAAUAUCAUUUAGAUUAGUCUAUAUCCCUUUUCCUAAAACUAGACUAACAAAACAACCCAGAGCAAACCCCAAACCAAUCUGAUUUGUAGUCCUAUUGUUAUUUGCUCAUGCAAAGUCACUUUACUGGGGGAAAAAAAAAAAAAAAAA